UUGAUCAAAACGGAUAUUACAUGGAUGAUAUUUAGACCUGAUUUAACGCGACGCUUCACACACAGAUCCUAUUCAACAAAAUCAAACCGAAAUGGAGGCGAAGAGAGCUGCUGCGGUCUCCGAGUCGGAGCUGAACAAGGCGAGUAAGGAGCUGCACGCGACAAAAGGCGCUCGAGAGCACUCGGAUUCUCUCGAGUACGAUCCGCAGGUGGCUGAAAAGCUCAAGGCGCUCUACGAAAAACACGACGGCGACGUCAAAGCCAUCUUCGAGGAACUGGACGAGAGUCCACGGAAAGCCCUGAAGCAUCCACCAACAUCGGCUACCGAGUUCGGCAAGAAAUACGCCCAGGGUUUCUACACGAUGGCUGAGGCCAAGUGAUUAAGCCAGAAAGCUCAUCAAAAGAGCAAGAUUAAUCAACCAAAAGGAGAAUUUCACUUGUAAAGCUCUUUAUGAGUUUAAAUAAACAUUCCUUGUGCCUAUCCGAGAGUUAUGGCAGUGUC